AUGGAUUCGUAUCCCGGCAGCAAAGAGAAGAACGGCGGCGUCUCGCAGCGGCCUGGCUCCCACGACGUCCAGGAAGGCCUCAUCAGCGACAAUGCCGACCACCUGCAACGCCAUCUCAACAAUCGCCAGAUCCAGCUGAUCGCCAUCGGAGGCUCGAUUGGCACCGCAUUGUUCGUGAGCAUCGGGACCGGCCUGUACAAUGGCGGCGCGGGCAACCUGUUCCUGGCCUAUGCCAUUCAAAGCAUGGUCCUGGCCAUGGUCAACAACUCGGUGGCAGAGAUGAGCACGGCCUACCCGGUCAGCGGCGGCUUCAUUCGUCUCGCGGGCAAAUGGGUCGACGACGCACUCGGCUUCAUGUGCGGUUGGAACUUCUUCUUCUACGAAGCUCUCCUCAUUCCCUUUGAGAUCUCAGCUUUCACAUUAGUGCUGUCCUUUUGGAGCGACAGGGUCACCGAGCCCGGUCCCAUCGCCGGCGUCUGCGCCGGUGUCAUCUUAGCCUACGCCGCCAUCAAUAUACUUGCUGUCAGAGCGUACGGUGAGGCUGAAUUCUGGCUUUCGGGCGGCAAGGUCGUCCUGAUCUUCUCCCUGUUCUUCUUCACCUUCAUCACCAUGGUGGGCGGCAAUCCCGAACACGAUGCCUACGGGUUCCGGUAUUGGACCGACGGACAGGCAUUCCGCGAGAAAAUCGACACGGGAGAUCUCGGUCGGCUGCAAGGGUUCUUGGCCGCCCUCUCGUCCGCCCUCUUCACGGUCGUGGGGCCCGAGUACAUCUCGAUUGUGGCCGCCGAAGCCGUGCGCCCACGCAUCUACAUCAAGGCCGCGUUCAAGAUGGUCUACCUCCGGUUCGGCAUCUUUUUCAUCGGCGGAGCCCUGGCCGUGGGCAUUGUAUGCAGUUCCCGGGACCCGGCCCUAGAGAAUGUCGUCCUGGGUGGCAGCAACGGCUCCGCGGGCGCUUCGCCAUAUGUGAUUGCGAUGGAGAAUCUCGGCAUCUCCGUCUUCCCGCACAUUGUAAACGCGCUCAUGCUGACGUCGAUCUUCUCGGCGGGCAAUACCUACACGUACGCGGCCGUGCGCACGUUGUACGGCCUGGCACUGGAAGGCCGCGCUCCCCGGUUCCUCACGUACUGCAACCGCUCGGGCGUACCGGUGUACAGCUUCUGCGUUGUCAUGAUCUUCCCUCUGCUUUCGUUCUUGCAGUGCUCGAGCAGCUCGUCCAUCGUCAUCACCUGGUUUGUGAAUCUCGUGACUGCGGGAGGUCUGAUCGACUACAUCGUCAUGUGCAUCACGUACAUUUUCUUCCAUCGGGCUUGCAAGGCGCAAGGGCUGGACCGCCGGACGUUGCCUUACUACGGGUAUUUCCAGCCGUUCUGCGCCUGGUUCGCGCUCAUCUGGCUGUUCGUCGUCACCUGCAUCUACGGCUACACCGUCUACCUGCCCUGGGACGUGUCCAACUUCUUCUCCAGCUACAGCAUGCAACUCUUCAUCCCGCCACUCUACAUCAUCUGGAAGCUGGUCAAGCGGACCAAGGUCGUCCGGCCGCUCGAAGCCGAUCUUGUGUGGGAGAAGCCCACCAUCGACGCGUACGAAGAGACAUUCCUGGACCCCCCUGUGGGUUUCUGGACCGAGAUGAUGCAGCUUGUCGGAUUCCGCCGGGUCAAGGGUGGAAAUGACAAGCGGCGGCCCAGCAUUGCUGUGCCCGUCGAACAAGCCGACGCUGAAAAGUGA